CGGCUCCCCGGCUUUGUCCCGCGGGUUUGAAUGAGUAAUUCAGCUUUUGUGUGUGUGGAUUGAGGGGGCAAACAGAGAGACAAGAUUCCUGAGCGCUCGAGCCGCUUCCCAUGGUUAUGCGGGAUCAGACUGGGAUCGGGAUGGGGAACAGGAGCGUGGCGCUUCACCGGCCCUUUACAAACACAUUGUGCCCGAGGGGAACCGGUGACCGUUUCUACGGAGAAACAUCGCGUCCGCGCGCUAUUUUCCUGAGGGAUUUCCAUGACAACUAUUUGUGGCGGCAAAGAAUCCGACACCGGGCUCUCGAGCUCAUUGUGAGGAGACUGCGGGCUGUGAUUGGCUCAGAGCAGUGAUACACCGAGUCUAUAGGCAUUGAGCUUCAGUGAGCGUUAUUACAGAGAGCGUCCCUUCGCGAGCUUCUGUGCGCACUACCCGGGAACGGGACAGCAGAUGCGCGGCCCUGAGCGCGGAGGUUUGAACGCUCCGGGUGAACGCGUGCGAUGGCCAACGCUGACAGCGAGGUGAAGACGCUCCUGAACUUCGUGAACCUGGCGUCGAGCGACAUCAAGGCGGCGCUGGACCGAUCCGCGCCCUGCAGACGGUCCGUGGACCACCGCAAAUACCUGCAGAAGCAGCUCAAGCGCUUCACGCACAGGCCCGCGGACCAGCGCGCGCGCGCCCGGCCGAACGCGCCGGACCCGAGCCCGAACCCCGCGGGUCACGUGCCGAUGCGCGCGCGCCAGCUCCCGGCGUCCUUCUGGCAGGAACCGCGCACCCCGGGCACCCGCGCGCGUCUCCAGCACCUGCUGAGGAACAGCGCGAGCGGCCCUGCGAGCGUCAAAUCUCACGCAGAGAAAAGGAAGAUGAUUCGCGAUAAUAAUAUUAAUAAUCACCCGCACGCGGAGCUGCCGAGGAGAAGCGCGCCGUGCGCGUGCGUGUGCGCGUGCUGCCCUCUUCAGUGUCAGCUGCACGCGGACGCGCCUCUCAGGAACAUAACAGCGGAGGCGCGCGGCUUCAUCGACGGACUCCGCGGUAACGCGCAUGUGGUGAUCAAGCCGAUUCCCACGAAGCCCGCGAUCUCCUCCUCCAUCUUCAGCGUGUUCGGCUUCAUCUAGAGCUGGAGGACCACAGCACUACUGGACUACUAACCUUCUUCACCUCUUCUGUUUAACCCAUUCCUGACACGUGCUGCACAUGCACGAGCAAUGUUAUGAUCACGCGCCUUUGAGCACUUAAAGUACAGAUGUAGCAGGAAUAAUACACACGCGCGGUGGUUAUAUGCGGUUAUUGGUUAUCUUUUGUGCAGUUGGAAUGCGAGGACAUCAGGAUAUGAUCACAGCAUUGCUUUAGUCGACACGCAUCAUCAGGUGACUCUGUAGAAUGAGUUUUCAUAUAACUGUUCCAGAUCCACUUCCCUGAAACAGCAUGAUUUCACUGUGAUGUAGAGAUAGAUUGGUAUUUAUUAUUAUCUUUUAGUUGAAUGUUGUUCUGUCACACUAAUUAAGCCUUGUCAUAAUCCAAAUCUUGUGCUGAAUUAUCUCAUUAAAACUGGUAAUCGAUGGCGUGA